AUUACUCUGAUCAUGAACAUCUUUCGUACCUAUAACCUGCAUUCGUCUAAGGAAGGACAAUGCAAGGAAAGACCUGUUGACCUACUAUGCUUCUUAUUAGAUGUCACAACAAACCCUAGACGCAACUCUGCUUCUUGAAGCAACAACAUCGGAAAAGUUCCAUCUUUUACUGAACAAUGUUAUAUAACAGCUAAGAAUAUUUCAAAAUGAGUGGUCACGUUGGAAAUCUUAGUCCGGCCCAAGAUCAUGCUCUCAAGCAGUUUAAAGCUGCGCUAUCUGAUGUGUUGAAGCCAAAGCAUGAUGAUCAUCUUUUGCUACAGUUUUUGAGAGCAAGACGCUUUGAUUUAAAAAAGGCAGAAGAAAUGUUUCGAAGGCAUCUCGUAUUUCGUCAAGAAUUUGAUGAAGAAUAUUUAGUGAAUGAAUAUAUUCCACCUGAGAUCCUAUUUAAACAUCUGUUACCUCCUCUAUUGGGCUAUGAUAAAGGCGGAUCACCCAUUCGAAUCGUCAAAGUUGGCACCACUGAUGUGAAAGGCAUAUUGAGCUGCUUUCGACGACGAGAUGUCAGAAAACUGAUCACGUGGUUCCUGGACACGGACAAAGUAGAAAUGAGAAGACGCAGUAAAGAGACGGGUGAGUGGGUGGAGACGAGAACAUUUAUUUUCGAUUGUAACGGACUUAGUUUAAAACAGAUAUAUCACAGAGAAGUUUAUGAGCUUUUCGUGUCUUUCCUGAAAUUGUACGAGGCUAAUUAUCCUGAAAACCUAAAAGUGGCUUUUGUGAUUCAUACGCCUUCUUUCUUUUCAUGGGUGUUCAAUCUAGUGAAAUCCUUACUCUCCGAGGAUACGGUGCAAAAGCUAAGGAUAUACGGAAGAAGUGGCUGGGAGAAGGAGUUGUUGGAGUAUGUUGACGCAGAUGUCCUUCCAGCAAUUUAUGGAGGAAAAAGAACUGAUCCAGAUGGUGAUCCCCGAUGCCUAUCACUGAUUUACCAACCAGGUCCCAUUCCUAAGGAGUAUUACCUAAAGAAUCAGAAUCGAUUGAACGCAGAAGACGAGGAUGUGAAGACAGUGGUGGUGGGUCGUCGAUCUAAACAUGCCGUUUCCCUGAAGGUGGAGUUGCAAGGAUCCACCAUCGCCUGGGAAGUGGAUUGCAAGAACUGCGAUAUUCAUUUCUCGCUGCUCUACAAGGACACGAUACUCGAAUCUCGGAAAAUCAACAAUGAGUACGGAGUGGAGAAAGGUUGCUAUUUGACCACACACACUGGAAACUAUUCUUUAGUUUUGGACAACAGUUACAGUUUAUUUCGGAGUAAAACAGUUCUGUAUAAAUCUUUUGUUUUCACUCAUACAGCUGGAAAUGAAUGUCCCGAACAAAAUGGUUGUUAAUAUCCUUAUUAUAAAGUAUGUUAAGUUUUAAAUAUUUGUAAUAUAAAAUGUACCUAAAAUUUGUAAGCUAAUUUUUUAUGUGUACAAAAAAUAUAUUUUACAAGUGAACGUUUAUAUCAUUUUUCAAACAUGCAUUUUAAAUCUCGCAUUCUCUCUCUUAUAAACAUAUCUUUCUAUUUCAUUUCACUAUUGAUAGAUAGAUAUGUUACGUUCAUUGUGAAUAGUAAGUUAUUAUUAUUAUCAGCAGGUCAAUAUUAAUAAUAACCAAAAAUGUCGAUCAAAGGGAAUAAUUUAGGUGAUUUUAUCACAUUAACCGGUUAUUAUUAAUAACAGCCAAUGAAAUUUGGACAAUGUUAUUCUUUCGCGUUUUUACUGGGGAUAUUUCCGCAUCGUGAUCUGCCACGCCAACGACAAUCGCAGAGGCGCCAAACUGAUAUUAAACUGGAGACAUUAAAAAAAACAUGUAGAUGUUUGCUUGGGGGUGGCUAUGAGUUAUAUCCCUACGAGUUGCUCCCUUCCUGUGAUUUUUUUUUUUUAGUUUCUCGUGCGCCGCUGCCCGGUAGGGGCCAAAACUUGGCAAUUAUUCUGCCACAGAUCACAAUACGGAUAUCUCCCCUUUUUAUUUUUCACUUUGGUCAAAAGAAGCGGUUAUUAUGAAUUUUGACCGGUUAGUAUUAAUAACAACCGGAUUUAUCAAUUCAACCGUAACACAUAUACAAAAAGGCGCACCCAUUUUUCAAUGCUAUAUAAACCGUAUAAUCACAUUGACCAAACUUCAUUGGUUAUUAUUAAUAAUAACUGAUUAAGAAUAAUAUACAAUAUUUCUCACUUUGCCGGCCAGGUGGCCGAGUGGUUAGUGUGCCUGACUGCGAAGCCAAUGGCUGCGGGUUCGAAUCCCGCUCUGGGCAUGGAUGUUUCUCUCUCACUCUGUUGUCUUCUGAUGUGUGAAUGUAUGAAUGCGGCCCACUCUAUGAACGGGUAUUUGUGGCAGUGUGGCGUGGGUAAUGUUGCU